AUGUUUAUUCGAUUGUUCCUUGUUUGUCUUCAUCUUGUUAUAGGCCAAAUACUGGCUUCUUGUCCAUAUAUUCGUACAUCUGUUGUAUUAUCUGAAUGUGUAUUUGAUUCAAAUCUUUAUAUAUCACUUGGUGCAAAUAUUCUUAAUUCAAAUUCAAUUAAUUUUAUUGGUUAUUAUUCAUUGGGUCAAAAGAACAAUAUUAGUAAUACACUUAUUUAUAAUUUAGGCAAUCGUUGGAUGUUACUUGUGCCUUUAUUAAUAAAGUGUGCUCAUCAACCUAUAAAUUUGACAUUUACAGAAUGUCAAUAUACAAUGAGACAAAAUAAAAAUCCGAAUCAAUUUUUAUCAACAGCAGAAUAUAUGACAACACAAUCGAGUGUUAUGAAUAUAACAGAUCUUGGUAUGCAAUCCGUUUUAUUUCUACAACCAGGAGAAAUUUCUCUUCGUUCAUGUAAAGCAUAUGAUUGUUCACAAGAAUUAGUUUAUUUAACAGCAUCAAAUGAAACAUUUAAUUUAAAAAUAAAUUAUGAAAAAUCAAUAAAUACAAAAUGUCAAUAUGAUGAAGAUUGUCAACAUUCAUAUUCUGUUAAAGAUCUUAUACGUUGCGAUAAAUUAACACAAACAUGUCAAUGUUAUCAUGAUAAUAUUUCAACGAUUGAUAUUUCAAGUAUUGGACGUAUAUGUACAGAUUCAAUUGAUCAAAGUAAUUGUACAAAAUUUCCAAGACGUUGUUUAAGAUGGUGUGAUGAAAGUGAAACAUCCUAUUGUCUUUGUCCAAAAUUAACACGAAAAGUAAGAAAAAUUAAUGGAGUAUUUGAUUGUGAAUUAGAACCAACUGGACAAUGUCAAUUUGAUGAUGAUCAAAUAAUUGGAUCAAAUAUAAGAAAAUGUCCAACAGGUACAUAUUGUGAUGGUGAACGUUGUCGUCCAUCAACAAUAUCUCGACAGAUUCAUGAUGAUGAUGAAUAUUUUUUAUCUUCGACAAUAAUGACAUCAACAGCAACAACAUCAUUUGACAAUAUUUUAUCUUCAACACAUAAACAAAUUAGUCCUUUAAAUCAAACAACAGUAUUUAUUCGUACUUUAAUUUUUAUAACAAUUGCAAUAAUAUUAUUUUUUAUUCUUAUUAUACUUAUUAUUAUAAUACUUAUAAGAUCACAUCGUAUUCAUGCAUCAACUACACCAUGCGAAGAUAAAGUCUCAUCAUCAUCAUUUGCUCAAUCAACAUCAACAGCUCUUUCAAGUGAUUCAUCGACAAAUAUUAAUUAUCAUCGACAAUCAAAACAACAAGAACAACAACAACAACCGAUUUCAACAGUAACAUCUGUUAGUUAUGAAAAUAUAUUAACAAAAUCAACAUUUGUUCGUGGUCUUGUACCUGAAACAAAUUUAUCACCUCGUUUUCAUCGACAACAACAAACACUUGAUGAAAAACGACGAAUACCAUUACAAAUUCGUUCACCAUCACUUACACGUAUUAAUCCAUUUAUUGAUCAUGCAUCAUUAACAACAACAAAUGAACAUUCAAAUAAAAAACGAGCAACAAUACCUAAAGUCACAUGUUUACAAAAUGGAGAUAUUAUUAUAUCAGCAUAA